CCAUAUUGAAAAUUUUAGUGAUUCGGAUAAUUAUCGCCUGCGAUGGAGUCAUAUUUUUGCUUAUCAAAUUUUGAUUAUAUUUUUGUUGGGAUUUCGCCAAAAUUAUGUCAAUUGCCCAUCGUUUCCCAAUUCGGUCGCGGUCAUUGCAGAAAAGCCUCGGUCGUUUGACAAAAUUCGCUUGAGAGUAUUGUCAGUAUAUUCUCGGUCGACCCUGGGGACAUCUUGUGAUAAAAAAUCAUUGCAGCAGCAAGAUAGUCGCUGUCUGAUUUUGUCAUAGAGUGAAACGGUUACAAAAAUUAGUAUUGGUGCUAGAAAAGACCCGUAAAUAUGGAUGAGUCGUGGGAUUCGGAAAAUUUUGAGCCUAAGCUCCCGACCACGUUGACAACUUCGAAUAAAUGGGAGGGCGAAGACGAGGAAGACAACGUCAAGGAAAGUUGGGAAGACGAGGAAGAAGAGAAAAAAGAUGAGGAGAAAAAGGAUAUGCCCCCACCAGCACCAAAACCUAAAAAGAAAAUCCACGACAAAAUAGCUGAACGAGAGAGAAUGGAACGUGAGAAACUGGAGCGUCUCAGUGUAGAGAAGCCAGAGGAGCUCACUCCUGAACAGAAAUUGGCAGAGAAACUCCGUGCACAAAAACUGCAGGAGGAGUCCGAUUUAAGGCUUGCUAUGGAGACAUUUGGCAUAUCAGAAGGCGGUGGUGGUAAGCUGGAUACCUUCAAUCCGACCACCAAAGCAGAGUUCACGGAGUUUGCGGACCUUCUCAGCAAGAAGAUUACCAUUUAUAAGGCCAGGGAAGAGUUUCCCGGGUUUGCGGAGGACUUGUUUAGGAGUAUUCUUGUACAAAUGGCUUCAGCUGACAUCAAGCGGAUAAAACUCUGCGUGGAUAAUCUCUACAUUGAAAAACAGAAGGCUGAGAAGAAUGACAAGGCGAAAAAACCAACAAAGGGCAAAGGGAAGGCAAAAUUAAAAGUAGAAGGUGACAAUGCUCACUUGAAUCAAUACGACGCUUACGGAAACUUCGAUGACGAUUACGAUGACUUCAUGUAAAGACCACUGUACUUACAUAGUACAGUCAGAUGCCUGCUAUCCAAACGUUUUUUAUGUAAUAACACCUUGUUUAUAAGGGCGAUGUUGCCAUAAUUAAAAGGUAUAUUAUAUUCUCGAAUAUUCUUUUUUAGAGGCACAAUUUGUAAGGUCUGAUUAAAUCUAGUUAAAUUAAAAUAUUUGAAAAAUCGGCAGAGCCGACAUUUUAAAAUGAUUUUAAUGGAUUAAGCAUUCGUCGAAAGAAAUAUUGAUAAAUAUAAAAUUUUAAAGUAAUAUAUGUAACAUAAUUAUAUGCAAAGCUUGUUUGUAUUGAAGUUAUAGCAUAUUAAAAUAAACAUUAUAACGACAUAAUGAUUUCAGUAUACAGUAUUUUUCUUUUAUUAAAAUUUUUAUUCAUAAAAAAAGUUUUACUUGUUUAAAUGUAUAAUUUUUCUUUGCAUCCCGAUUAACUUUUGAAAUAACUCAAUAUUGACUUGUUCCUGUAUAUUUAUUUAUUUUUAAAUAAAAGAAUUUAAUCAGAUCUUACGUUUCGCAUAAUACAAUUAUUUUUUUAAAAUAUUGUUUAUAUUUGUCUUAAAAAUAUAUCGUCACGUAAGCCAUUGUAAUGCCAUCCAGGAUAAAGUAAUCGCCCGUAUAAAAUGGCAAUUAUGUUAUUAAAUUAUUAGUAGUUUUUAAAAUUUGUAUGUCCGUAUCGUUUGUAUGUCAGGUAUCUGCGUAUAGCAUAUACUAUUAUAUACACAAUGUAAUAUACAGUCGUUUCAUUGUACGGUUAUGGUCGGAUGUUAUGUUAUAUAUAGAUAAUAAAUUUUUUAUUGUGAUAAAUUA